CAUUUCUUCCCUUAGCCAGCGCCUCCAUCUUCUCUGCAGGCAGCAACGUUGGCGGUGCCUCAUUUGCAUGAGCUAUGAUGGAUCCGUCUGGAUAUCGUAGUGUAUGCAAGGCAGGCCGACACACCGCCGCUGUUCGAACUGAAAGCCUAUUUGCAGGAGCAAUCAGGCCUGCUUCGGUCGACGUCGUCGGUUUUCCAGCCGGUCGGAGCACCGGGCAGCAGCACUUUGAUCAUCCGCCCACGUUGGUCCCUCUGACUGUGAAGCAAGUGACCAUGCUUGCUCCUUCUAUCGAGCACGGGGGGGCGCUGUCUAUUCACGGGACGCCUGUCAGCACGGCCCGGCUUCUAGGUAGGAUGCUUAACCGUAGGGAUAUGCCUGAGGAGAUAGAGUUCAUCCUCGCCGACGGCACCGGAGCCAUUCAGGCCAGGAUAUGGACCGCCCAGUCGGAGUACAUGCUGGCGUUGCGUUCUGUUAGCGAUGGCGACUACAUGAUAGUGAACGGAUCCAUAAAGGCCGAAGGUAGCCUGAAACACAUUCGGGUGUACUCGCUGAGUGUGGUGACAAACUACAAUGCAAUCACUCAUCACUUCCUUCAGUGCAUCUACGUUCACUUAGAUCUUCGGAAAAAGGGAAAAUGA